CUUUGGCUCCAGCUAUCAGAGGGCUACACUACCGGCAACAUUUUCACAUUUGUAAAACGGUCUGCCGACACUGACGGGUAUUUAGAGUCUCUGUUUGAUAAGUCCGUCUUCCUUUUUUUGGGUUGCUUUGUAGUGUAGGCAGUCAUUGCCAAUGCUGGAAGAGCAACUUUCUCUGCACCAUUGAAUCAGGCUUUCACCAAAGGGAUGGCCAAAGUCUCCUGUCAUGGCCUAGAUUUUCUAAAGCCUCAAAACAGAGCCAAGAGGGGGUGCAGAAGUCUAGUGUUCUCUGAGUCCGCUUAAAUUACAAUAUCCUAUGUCCAACGUUACAGUGGAAGCGACCAACAUGCUCCCCAUCCUCAAGAAGAAACUGGCCUUUCUUUCAGGGGGCAAAGAUCGGCGCAGUGGUCUGAUCCUGACCAUCCCUCUCAGCUCAGAUCAGACCAGCAUGGAGGAGCUCAGCGCCACGCUGGACUACCUGCUCAGCAUCCCCAGUGAGAAGUGUAAAGCUCGGGGUUUCACUGUCAUCGUGGACGGACGAAAGUCUCAGUGGAACAUUGUGAAGACUGUGGUGCUCAUGUUACAGAAUGUGAUUCCAGCCGAGGUUUCGCUGGUUUGCGUGGUGAAGCCAGAUGAAUUCUGGGAUAAGAAGGUCACACACUUCUGUUUCUGGAAGGAGAAAGACCGCCUGGGCUUCGAGGUGAUCCUGGUUUCGGCCAAUAAGUUGACUCGUUACAUUGAACCCUGUCAGCUGACGGACGAUUUUGGAGGAAGUCUGGACUACGACCACAACGAUUGGCUCAACAAGAGACUUGUUUUUGAGAAGUUCACCAAGGAGUCGACGUCGCUGCUGGACGAGCUGUCGAUUAUCAACGACAGUGACAAGAGCAGCUCGGUGGACAAGGAGAAAUCAGCUGACUGUGCCCUUCUGCCGUCCUUUGACCCUGAGACUGUCCUUCAGACAGGUCACGAGCUGCUGUCUGAGCUGCAGCAGCGGCGAUUUAACGGCUCAGAGGGAGGAGGAGGAGGACAGGGAGGUCCAGCCUGGUGUCCCAUGGAGGAGGAGCUGCUGGCUCAGCCUCAGGUGAUGAAGCUGCUGGACUCGCUCCGGGAGCAGUACACCCGAUACCAGGAGCUCUGCCGGCAGCGAAACAAGCGCACCCAGCUGGACGAGAUCCACGCCAAGGUCAUGCAGGUGGUCACCUGGCUGCAGGGUCCAGGUUCAGAGCUGUUGAAGACCCAGCAGGCGAUCGGAGACUCGAUGCGAGCGGCUCAGGCUCUGCAGCAGAAACACGAGGAGAUCGAGAGCCAGCACAGUGAGUGGUUUGCGGUGUAUGUGGAGUUGAACCAGCAGAUCGCUGCCUUGCUCAGUGCCGGGGAGGAGGAGGAGGUGGUGGAGCUGAAGGCGCUGCAGCAGCAGCUGAGCGACGUCUGCUACCAGCAGGCCGCUCAGCUAGAGGGCCGACAGAACGUCCUGCAGGCGGCGCAGGGCUUCCACAGCACCACGCAGGAGUUGUCCCAGCAGUUGGACGGUCUACUGGGCAUGCUCUGUGCGGACGUGGCUCCAGCUGACGGAGCUUCGAUUCAACAGAACCUCAAACUGUUGGAGGAGAAGCUGCAGACUGUCGAGGCAGGUCUUGGUUCUCUGCGCCAGAAGGGGACGGUAUUAAUGGAGCAGAUGUGCACCCAGCCAUCGUGGCCUCUGGAGGAGACGGAGAGUCCAGCUGGAGAACAGCAGGACAACGUUCAGCACAUUCAGGCGGUGAUGGAGGAGAUGCAGCUCCGCAAGCAGAGGUGUGAGGACAUGGUGGACGUGAGGAGGCUGAAGAUGCUUCAGAUGGUGCAGCUGUUCAAAUGUGAAGAAGACGCUUUACAGGCAGUAGAGUGGCUUGGCGAGCUGUUGGACGCUCUGUUGAAGACUCACGUCCGGCUGGGUGAUGACACUCAGGAGACCAGGACCAUGUUGGACAAACACAGGAAGUUUGUGGAUGUCGCUCAGAGCACGUAUGAUUACGGCCGUCAGCUGCUGCAGGCGACUGUCGUCCUCUGUCAGUCUCUGCGCUGUACGACACGCUCGUCCGGAGACACUCUGCCGAGACUCAACCGAGUCUGGAAGCAGUUCAGCGUCAGUGCCGAGGAGAGACAACAGAGACUGGAGCUGGCUCUGAACUUCCAUACUGCUGCCGAGAGGGUGUUACAGCUUGAAUGUGUGGACCCAGAGUCUCUGGAUGAAGUCGACGCCUCUGGGAAAACUCUGCUGGACAGACUGGCCCUGCCUGUGAUCUUCCCUGAUGGGACCGAGCAGUUCUUCGGGAGUCCCAGCGACACAGCAGCGGCAGCGGAGGGCGUCAGAGAGCGCCUCCUGCUGGUGGAGGAGCGACGGCUGCAGCUGCAGGAGGCGGGGCUUCCUAAUGAUGACGAUUAUGAGGAGGAGGAGGUGCGAAACGGGCAGGAGGCACGGCUGGACGUGAUCGGAGAGGAACUGAGUGAGAAAGAGGACCAAGAUGAGGAGGAAGAGGAGGAGGAGGUGGUGGUGGUGGUGGAGCAGCAGGAUGAAGACUUAGAGAGGGCGACGCAGGACUGCUAAUGGAUCGCUGCAGCCUUAAUGAAGCUCGUUAACAAAGGGCUGCUGAUUAAUUUCCACUGAAACCACUGCUGGUUGCUUCUGUCUCAGUGCAGCAGUAGCUUCACUCUCACUGCUGGUGUCUCUUUACAUUCAGACUACAUCUCCCAUCAGCCUCACAGCUUCCUGAGAGAGAAUAAACGUGGUGGAUGUGAUGGUUUCACUCCAUUAAGCAGAAACUGUGCGAGCUUUAAGUCGUCUGCUCUGGAACAACAGCGCCCUCUAACUGUUCUUCUGCCGUUAGCAAUCCUGCAGAUUUCACAAACUGUAAAAAACUGGAAUUAUUAAUAUUCAUAUCUCUGGAUGCUCCGUUGAAGACGAUCGACUGUAAAAUAAUCAGUUUGGAUAAGAGUACUUCUAAUGUACAGCUAACACCGCCUCCUCUUUCCCAGCAUGCCUCUCGUUCACCUGAGUGUGGGUGGAGCUUCCAUGGUGCUAACACGGUUACCAAGGUUUCUGUCUGUGCCUCCACCAACUUCUCGCCUUCCUCGCCUCAUUUUAUUUCCCUCUAACAGAAGAUGAACUUUACGGCCUGUACAGAAGAGGCAGAGCUACAGUAUAUCAGGUGCAGCGACCUGAUCCUGUUCCUGCAUCAACGGUCCUUUACGUUUCCCCCCACAGACGGUUGGAGCUUUUCACCACAAGGAUGAACAUGAAAUCCUCCAUGUUGAAUCAUCUAUACAAAUAAGCUAAAAAAAAAAUUAUCAACAAAAAAUGAAAGAUAGAAGAUUGUUUGUAAAGCGAACUUGAGGAUGACUACAAGUCCUAAAAAGAGCAUCGUGGAACAACAAAUAACAUCCAAUCAGCUCAAAGUAAAAGCAUUUUCCCACCAAAAUUUGAGGUCUUCCUUUAAAGCUAAAUUUAAAGUAAAAUUAAAGUAAAAAAAGUAAAGUAAAAUUUAAUUUUACCUUUGCCUUAUACUCAGAGGUGUAGAUUUCAGGGGGGGACGCAGGGACCCAUCACCCUCAAAUACAUGAAAGUAACGAAGGACUUUUAUUUUGACAAAAUUUAAGACAUUUACACCAUGAAUUGAUGCAGAAAAGUCGGUGAAUUAACAUUCACCAGAAUGCAGGAAAUUAAGUGUUCAUGCUCUGAAUUUUCUGGCGGAGGAACCCAAACACCCGUUUCAUAUGCCCCCAAUGUUGAAACAAAACCUUCACAACCUGAAGAAAACCGUAACAACCUACGUUAGCUUAGUUUGGCAAUGAUAAUAAAAUAAUUUAUAUAGGGAUGGGCAUGAGUACUUGAUUUGGGCAUCAGUAUUUGUAUAAUCGUCGCCCAACCUCCCACAUGUGAACACGACUUUUACAUUUUUGGUUUUACCAUUUAAAAUGGGUUAAAUCUUAUUUCAUUGUCGAGCAGUGUGCAGGGUAUUGCUUCGUUCAUCACCUCCCCACCCUGCUGUUACACAAAAAAGGUUCUAUGUUCCCCACUCAACCAAGCGGGAAACAUAGAACCUUUUUGGUUGAGCGGGGAACAUAGAACCCGGGAAACAUAGGGAUGACCCCCUGUUACUACUAGUACUGCUGCAGGAGUGUGAGCUCCACACCAGGGAACAUUUGGUGAGCGUCCACCAGGACACACACAUUGACAAGGCUAACUGUUAGCAUCAAAUGGCUAACAUUCCCUACUGAUUAUUUACAGGUAUAACGACAGAGUCGAGGCGUUUUGGUUUAAGUAUGAAUGUGUUGGGACUGUUCACGGCUCGGUCUCGAAUGUUAGCCACUGCUGCUGUGUUAGCUUGUGCUAACGUGGCAGUAGUUGAACUGACUGGGACAAGAGCGGCUCCAGACUCCUGAGUUUAACCUAUGUUAUGGCAGCGACAGAAACUUUGCAAGUUUUCUUAUGUGAACAUUUCAUUAAUAGUUUAACUUGGCUAAUUGAAGCCUUUUUAUUCAGUGAGUGAGUUUCAAAUUGCACUUGCUUUUCAUUCCAUUUACAUGCCUUUUUUUACGCUACAUGGCCAUUUUCAUACCUAUUUUUACAGAACAAGUCCUUUGACAUACCUAUUUUUUCAUUACGUCAAUGUACAUACCUGUUUUUGCGUUACAUUUCCAAUUACACACCUGUUUUUGUGUUACAUGGCCAUUUUCAUACCUAUUUCUACAAAACAGUCAAGUGAAAUACCUAUUUUUACAUUACAUGUCUAUGUACAUACGUGUUUUUACAUAAUGACCAUAACAUACCUAUUUUUAUGUUACAAGUCCAUUAACAUACCAAUUUCUACGUUCCAAAGCCAUUAACAUACCUAUUUACAAGUCCAUUUACACACCUACUUUUCCAUUUACAUACCCGUUCUUACAUGUCCAUUUACAUACCUGUUUUUACGUUACAUGUCCAUUUCCAUAGCCAUUUUUUGCGAGUACAAAGAUAGUAUAAUAAUUUAAUCCAAGUACUCAAAAGUUACUUAAAAUGCCCAUCCCUAUUUAAAGCACAAAUUAUUAUUAUUAUUAUAAUUAUUUGUUGGACACCUGCAGGCCUCUGUAUUUGCCAAUUACAGGUUUGACCAGAUGAAUCCACAAGUGGAAACACACAGCUAGGAGAGAAAUUGAUUUCAUAGCAAAAUUAAUUCUACUGAUUGGACGUUUUUUGGUGAAGCUGUCUGCAGGACUUGUAGUUGUAACACUGAUGUGUCCAUCAAGCUCUACAUCUCUCUAGGACCACUCUGCUGCUCUAAAUAAACCCUCUGCCUUCAUGAAGGAAAUCAAACCUGUGCAGCUUUGCUCUGAUCCAGACUGACCACCUGAUGGUGACAUCAGCAUACAACUAAUCCCUUUUCUAUUUAUUUGACUUUUUUUCAGGCAGAUCUAGUUGAUUGGUAUUUUUGACCAAUAACUGUUGCUGUGAGUGUAACCGCUAAACUCUGUCUUGCUCUCUGUCCUCUCCAUCCCAUAACCUGUACCAUGACAACAGUAUGACAUCAUUUCCUUAAUAAAGGAGCAUUUUGAAAGUGC